AGUCUUGGAUAGAAGGUGAGAUUGGCACUAAAUUUUAAGCAGAAACUUGUGUUCAUUAGCGAAAUGGAGUCUCUAUUGUCUUCGAAAUUCGGUCUUUCCGACGUCGUUGACCAGCUUCCCGGGAAACGCGUCUUAAUGCGUGUGGAUUUCAACGUCCCUAUCAAGGAGGGUGUCGUCACUGACGCCACCAGGAUCAAGGCCACAGUUCCUACCAUCAAGUUCCUCUUGGACCACGGCGUCAAGUCCAUCGUGUUGAUGUCCCACUGUGGUCGCCCAGAUGGUCAGAGGGUAGAAAAGUACACACUCAAGCCUGUUGUACCUGAGCUCUCCUCAUUGCUCGGUGGUCACGAGGUCAAGUUUUUGGACGACUGUGUAGGCGAGGCCGUAGAGGCUGAAUGCAAGGACCCCAAACCAGGAUCCAUCAUACUCUUGGAGAACCUGAGAUUCCACCCAGAGGAAGAAUCCAAGGACCAGACCGCCGAGUCUGUGGUUAGCUUCAGAAGUUCCCUCACAAAGCUCGGCGACAUCUACGUAAAUGAUGCAUUCGGAACCGCUCACAGAGCCCACAGCUCCAUCGUCGGUGUAGACUUGCCUCUGCGUGUUGCAGGUCACCUCAUGAAACGCGAAUUGGACUACUUUGCCAAGGCUCUCGAGAACCCACAAAGGCCAUUUGUCUCCAUUCUAGGAGGUGCCAAGGUCAGAGAUAAGAUCAAGCUCAUUAUGGCCUUGAUUGAAAAGGUUGACGCCUUGAUUAUUGGCGGUGGAAUGGCCUACACAUUUAAAAAGGUACUCAAUGGAAUGCCAAUUGGCGAAUCGCUCUUUGACGAGGAAAGCGUAGAAAUCAUUGGAAAGAUUGUGGAAAAGUGCAAGCAGUUCAAGGUUGACUUACACCUCCCAGUCGAUUUUAAGGUCACCACAGACUUCUCCAACGACACACCAACCAAAUUUGUGGAUGACUCUGAAGGUGUUCCAGACGGAUGGAUGGGUUUGGACUGCGGCCCAAAGACUGUAGAAGCAUUUGGAAAGGUCCUUGGCGGUGCCAAGACAAUUGUAUGGAAUGGACCAUUGGGAGUAUUCGAGUUUUCCAACUUUGCGGCUGGAAGCACUAGCGUGUUGGAUCUCGUCAUUGAGGCCACGAAGGGAGGAGCUACUAGUAUCAUUGGAGGUGGUGACACUGCGGCUCUGGCAGAACAGACUGGACGUGCCAAGUUCUUUAGUCACGUGUCCACUGGUGGUGGAGCUUCCCUGGAACUUCUCGAAGGAAAGGUGUUGCCUGGAGUCUCUUGUCUCACUCAAAAGUCCUAAUUCGUGUUUGUGUAC